CAGUGCUGGCAGUGCUGCUUGCGCUACCUGCUCUUCGUCCUAAAAUACCGGCGUGUCUGUGCGAGGCGUGCUUUGUUUUCCCCCCAGACGAUGAACGACUGGGCCCCCAUCGCCAAGGAGUACGACCCCCUGAAAGCCGGGAGCAUCGAUGGCACGGAUGAGGAGCCCCACGACCGGGCCAUCUGGAGGGCGAUGCUGGCACGGUACGUGCCCAACAAGGGGGUCACAGGAGAUCCUCACCUCACUCUCUUCGUAGCAAGGCUCAAUCUUCAGACAACAGAGGAGAAGUUAAAGGAGGUCUUCUCCCGGUACGGAGACAUCAGAAAGAUCCGUCUGGUUCGGGACCUGGUGACGGGGUUUUCCAAGGGUUAUGCGUUUGUUGAGUACAAAGAGGAGCGUGCUCUCUUGAAGGCCCACCGGGACGCCAACCGGCUGGUUAUUGAUCAACAUGAGAUCUUUGUAGACUUUGAACUGGAACGAACUCUCAAAGGAUGGAUUCCUCGGAGGCUUGGAGGUGGUUUUGGAGGCAAAAAAGAAUCUGGGCAGCUACGGUUCGGAGGACGGGACAGACCUUUCCGAAAGCCCAUCAAUUUGCCAAACAUGAAAAAUGAUUUCUAUGGAGAAGGAUCAGCAGAGAAAAGAAACUGGUCUCGUGAGGGAACAAGGGACUGGAGAACACGGGACCGAGACCAUGAAAGGGGCAGAGAGAAGCGAUGGCCAGAAAGGGAGCGGUCGGGGACUUGGGGUGAAAGUGAGAGAGAGAGGGACUCCAAAGAGGAGAGGAGCAGGGGGAGGGAGAGGAAGGACAGAGACAGGAAGGACAGGGACAGAGACCGGAGCAGGGAAAGGGAUACCAAGAAACAACGAGAUGAUGACAAACAUCGGUAGGUGACAGUGC